CUUUGGCUUUCACACACAGCCCACGCACAAAAAGUGACGAGAAGGAAGGAUACUGUGACAUGAUGCAAACAGAAAUUCCAGCAACCUCCAGAUAUGAUUGGGGCUCCUCCCCUGACAGGCCCUAUCUUUGCAGUCCUCCUCGGCCUCUAGGUGGACAGCUCCAGUCAGCUCUGCCAGGGAAGAUGACUGCCUAUGAGUUCAUGUAUAUCCACUCCCUGGCUGAGAACUAUCUUCAGUAUGUCCUGCAGGCACCUGCCUUUGAAUCGGUUCCAAGCAAAACAUCCAGAGUGCUACAAAGAGUUGCUUUCUCUGUUCAGAAGGAAGUUGAAAAGAAGCUGAAGCCAUUCUUGGAUGACUUUCACGUGGAAUCCAUAGACACUGCCAGAAUAAUAUUCAACCAAGUGAUGGAAAAAGAAUUUGAAGAUGGCAUCAUUAACUGGGGAAGGAUUGUAACUAUAUUUGCCUUUGGGGGUGUUCUCCUCAAAAAACUUCCACAAGAGCAGAUGGCCCUGGAUGUAGAUGCUUACAAACAAGUUUCCAGUUUUGUGGCAGAAUUCAUAAUGAAUAACACAGGAGAAUGGAUACGGCAGAAUGGAGGCUGGGAAGAUGGCUUCAUAAAGAAGUUUGAACCCAAAUCUGGCUGGCUGACUUUUCUGCAGAUGACAGGGCAGAUCUGGGAAAUGCUCUUUCUCUUCAAGCAACACUACUGACCAGAGAGAACCCUGGCUCCCAUGAGAAUGGUUACCAGCACUUGGCAUUUCCAUUUACAGGGGAUGUAACAUGACUUUCCAGAGUUGCAGAUACUUUGUUUCUACUUUAAUGAAUAAAUUACUAAUAUUUGUUUCUGUA